UGUGGUGUCAGCAGCAGCGGCUUAGAGGAGAGUGCUAUACCACUGUGUUGUGUAGGAACAGGCACGGCAUAGCUGAAAACCGCCAGCGGAACAAAUGAAAACGAAAACUACACUCUUUCAUGUGGAUUAAUUCAGGGGCGAGAACACCCAAUCGAAGCGAGGACCUCUUAGGGGGAAUUUGGACCGACUGAGGAAGGAUUGGGACAUUAGCUACUGUGCGAUAACACCGCCGAAUGGUUUCUCCUGCCCCGCCGCUAAGGUUGAUGGCUAAGAGAAACAGCUAAUAAUGCACAGCAUCCGCUCUGUAGCCAUACCCACUUCCUGCCUGUAGAGGAAGCGGCUGUGCCAGCAUGUCCUCUCAUCCCCAGUCUGGGCCGCCGGGCCGGAGGACUGUGGACACACGGCACCUCCCAAACCCUGCCAGUCUACCACUACAGCUGCAACGGGCACACACGGAAGUGGGACUAGUUGACUACCACUCUCAUCAUGCCAGGGACUACAGCUCCCACCUGUCCCAGCCCCAUCGCCGCCGGCCCUCCUUACUCUCGGAGUUUCAGCCCGGGAAUGAGAGAGGGCAAGAGCAGCAUAUUCGCUAUGAGCACAUUUACCUGCCAGAGCCUACCAACCAAUCAGAGGUGGAGUAUGCAGAGAUCAAACGACCUCGCUUGGAGAUGGGACCGGAGUCUCUGAUGAGGCCUUCAUCCCAUCGCCCACAAUUACCCAUGGGAGGGGCUGAGGAUAUGUCAAAGGACCGUGGGAGUUCCAUGGGGAAGCUGGAGCCGAUCUCCCCUGUGAGCCCGGUCCAUAUGGACCCCGACUUGGAUCUGGUGCCAGCUCGGUUCUCCAAGGAGGAGCUGAUCCAGAACAUGGACCGCGUGGACAGGGAGAUCACCAUGGUGGAGCAGCAGAUCUGCAAGCUUCGCAAGAAAGAGCACCAGCUGGAGGAGGAGGCUGCAAAGCCACACGAGCCAGAGCGGACGGUCUCACCGCCACCCAGCGAGGCCAAGCACCGCAGCCUGGUGCAGAUCAUCUACGAUGAGAACAGGAAAAAGGCAGAAGAGGCUCACAGGGUACUGGAGGGACUGGGACCCAGGGUAGAACUGCCUCUGUACAAUCAGCCUUCUGAUACCAAGCAGUACCAUGAGAACAUCAAAAUAAACCAGGCGAUGAGGAAGAAGCUCAUCUUGUACUUCAAGAGGAGAAAUCAUGCUCGUAAGCAGUGGGAACAGAAAUUUUGCCAGCGCUAUGACCAGCUGAUGGAAGCCUGGGAGAAGAAGGUGGAUCGCAUCGAAAGCAACCCGCGGCGCCGAGCCAAGGAGGGCAAGGUGCGCGAGUACUACGAGAAACAGUUCCCAGAGAUCCGCAAGCAGAGAGAGCUACAGGAGCGCAUGCAGAGCCGUGUUGGGCAGAGAGGAGGUGGGCUGGCCUCGUCUGCAGCUCGCAGUGAGCAUGAGGUCUCCGAGAUCAUCGAUGGAAUAUCAGAGCAUGAGAACACAGAGAAGCAGAUGCGGCAGCUGGCGGUCAUCCCCCCCAUGCUGUUUGAUGCCGAGCAGCAGCGCAUCAAGUUCAUCAACAUGAACGGAUUGAUGGAUGACCCCAUGAAGGUGUACAAGGACCGACAGGUUAUGAACAUGUGGAGCGAGCAGGAGAAGGACACUUUCAGAGAGAAGUUCAUCCAGCAUCCCAAAAACUUUGGUCUGAUUGCGUCUUUUCUGGAGAGAAAGACGGUGGCGGAAUGUGUGCUCUUUUACUACCUGACCAAAAAGAACGAGAACUAUAAGAACAUAGUGCGGAGGAACUACAGACGCCGAGGAAGAAGCCAGCACGGCCAGCAGCAGCAGCAACAACAGCAGCAGCAGCAGCAGCAACAGCAACAGCAGCAGCUGCAGCUGCAACAACAACAGCAACAAGUGCACCGGGGCAUCCAGGAAGAAAAGGAGAAGGAGAAGGAGGAGAAAGAGAAGGAGGGGGAGAGGGACGAAGAAAAAAAUGAAGCUGAAGAGAAGGAGGAUGGAAUGAAGGACGACACCUCUGGAGAAGAUGCAGAGGACAAAGAGCCUACUGUGGCUGUCAAGGGCCGACGCACAGCCAACAGCCAGGGGCGCCGCAAGGGCCGCAUCACCCGCUCCAUGACCAGCGAAGUGGAGGAGACGACCACACCGCCACUCAACAGUGAGCUGGCCAAUCUGGAAAUGAAUGAGAGCUCUCGCUGGACUGAAGAAGAAAUGGAAACUGCCAAAAAAGGCCUUCUCCAGUAUGGUAGGAAUUGGUCCGCCAUCGCCAAGAUGGUGGGGUCAAAAACCGUGUCACAGUGCAAGAACUUCUACUUUAACUACAAGAAGAGGCAGAAACUGGAUGAGAUUCUGCAGCAGCAUAAAAUGAAAUCGGAGAAAGAGCGAAAGGCCCGCCGUAGGGGCAAAGCCCUGCAGAAUGAGGAGACCAGUGCCCCGUACACAGCAGAGGAGGAGGAGAUGGAGGGCUCAGGUGCCAGUGGCAAUGAAGAGGAGGCCCCUGAAGAUGGAGAAGGUGGUGCUAACAACAGCUCUGACACGGAGAGCUUGCCCUCGCCACACUCAUCAGAGGACAGCAAGGCUAAAGAAGAAGGCUCGAGCAGGUCGAAGUCCAGCUCCAACGCCGGGGACAAGGAGGCGUCCGGGUCCGACAUGGGCCAGGCAGGGGAUGAGAAACCUCCGGUCAAGGAAGAUGCAGAAUCAGCCAUCAAGCAAGAGAUAAAGACUGAGACAGGGGAGACCAACAAAGAGCCAACGCCACCCAGCGAUGCCAUAGAUCAAAAACCUCCUACUGCAGAGACAGAGGAAGGAAAGAGCUCCUCUAAGAGCUCCAAAAAGGACCAUGGGCCUAAAACGGGUUCCCAUGGGGACAGUGACUCUAGUGCCACUUGCAGCGCUGAUGAAGUGGAGGAGACAGACAACCCAGACAAAAAUAGAAUCACUUCUCCACGGCCAAGUUUACUGAACUACUCUCAUGAUGGAGUGAUAUCGUCCCCACUGCAGAAGCCCUUGGACCUGAAACAGCUCAAACAGAGGGCUGCUGCUAUACCACCCAUUUUGCCAGAAGCCGCCUUGCAGGCCGUUCAGCGGAGUGGUGGCAAGUCACUGCUGCCCCCCCACGCCCUGGCAUUGUACCAGCAGCAGAUCACCAUGGCUCACGGGGAGUCCUCUCAGGAGGUCAAAAUGCAGCAACAGCAGCAACAGCUGCUCUCAGGCCAGCCCGGCAAACAGCAGCCGUACACCAUGCAGUCGGAGAGAGACAGAGAGGCUCUUCACAGCAUCAGUCCUCGCAUGCGCCCCCGCAGCCCCUCCACCAGCGACAAGGAUGAGCUGGAAGGCAACGAGAGGUGGUUACUGACCCUCCUGCAGGGAUUAAAAAAAUCCCGGUCUUUCUCUCCGCACGGUGAAGCUAAGAAGCAGGCGAUGGGCCCCGACGACCUGAGGACCUCCAACAUAGGUCGUCCCGUUCUCUCCCCCUAUCCCAUGUCCCCACGAGACAUGGUCAAGAUCAGUCACGACCAGCACCUGCUCCACUUCAACUCGUUCCAGCAAACAGGCCACCCCUCACUGCCUAAUCUGCCACAGGACAGUGGAAGGCUAGCAGCAGUGAGACCCCUCACGAUGCCUGAUCCCCCUCCUCUUAUUUCCUCCUCCAAGCCAGGAGGCUCCAUCACACAGGGCACCCCAGUGCAGCUGCACAGCCCUGCUCAUGGGCUGGACCACGGGAAGAUGACCCCCACACAGAUGGGGUUGUCUUGGAUGGAUCAGAGGAAAGUGGGCGGUCCUUUCCCCGUGAUAAAGCAGGAACAGUUGUCUCCUCGCAGCUCUUCCUCUCAAGCCGACAACAUGCCAACCCAGGGGUCGCCUCACGAUGGUGCCUCUGGACGUGGUUCUAUUCCAGCAGUUCAGGGUGGUAGUAUCACUAAGGGCAUCCCAGGGACCAGAAUGCAUCAGGAUUCCCCAAUCUCCUACCGAGGGGGAUCCAUUACUCAGGGGACACCGGCUGAUGUGCUGUAUAAGGGAACCAUUACCCGUCUGAUCAGUGAGGACAGCGCCUGCCGAGCUGAGAGGGAACGGGAUGAGGCGAUAUCUAAAGGCCAUGUGGUUUACGAGGGUAUCAGUGGACACAUUCUCACAUAUGACCUUGCAUCUCUGUCUUUUGCAGGCCCACCUUCUCAGAGCAUUAAAGAUGAAGGCAGAGGCCCCGGGCAAUCUGCAGAACUUCUGGGUCUGAAGCGUCCUUAUGACAUUAUGGAGGGAGGCAUCUCCAGAGGACUGCCUAUGAGGGAUUCACUGUCUGCUGCCAACUGUGAAGGUCUGAUUGGUCGAGCCAUGCCUCAUGACAGAGACAGUCCACACCACCAACAUUACAAAGAUGCUCAUCACAUCCGUGGCUCAAUCUCACAAGGUAUACCUCGUCAUCUAGACCCUCAGGAUGGCUACCUGAGGAGGGAAGCUAAGCAGAUGAAGAGAGAGAACUCCCCACCCCGCGGGCCCGGGACUCUUUCGGACCCAAUGAAGGGCUCCAUGGUGCCGACAGUGAAGGAGGCAGGGCGCUCCAUCCACCUCAUUCCCAGGGAGCCUGGCAAGGAGGGCAUCAUAGCACAGGGAACACCCAUGAAGCAGGAGCCAUCCGGUUCAGGGAAGCGUCACGAUGUCCGCUCCAUCAUAGCCAGUUCACCACGUUCCUACCACAACCCAGCCUCACACCUGGAGAUGCGGGCUGAGAGGGGCCGCUACGAAGAGGCGCCAAAAGGCCGGCCCAGCGCCGUUGUCAGUACAGCUAGCAGUAUCGCUCGCUCUUCUCCCCUUACCCUGGGGUCAGAGCAGGGAGGCAAGUCCCAUCAUAGUCCAGGGGGCUACGAGGACAAAGCCGCCUUAAGGGCCCCUUACCCCGGGCCUUCGCACCGUGGCUCCCCUCUGUCCAGGGAGGCAAGCCAAAGGCAACAUGAUGGUUCAAGUAAGAAUCCGACUCAGGAGCGCAAAUCCACACCGACCCCCAGAGAGAUGAAUGCCACCAAAUCACCGCUCCAAGGUGUUCCAGAUCAGCAGACCUACGAGCGCCUGCUGCAGGGUCUAGGGGCUGCAGACGUGUACCGUCAAAUCCCCAUAGCCUUCGACCCUGCAUCGCUGCCCCGGGGCAUCCCCAUUGACCCAGCGGCCUACUACUUGCCUCGCCACCUAGCGCCCAACCCAGCGUACCCUCACCCCUACCCCUACCUUAUUCGUGGCUUUCCCGACACAACGGCCCUGGAGAACCGCCAGACGCUACUCAACGACUACAUCACCUCACAGCAGAUGCACCAGUGGCCUGCAGCGGCUGCCAUGGCCGCCCAGCGCUCUGACCUACUGAGGGGCCUCACCCCUCGAGACCAGCCCCUUCAGAUGCCCUACUCUCAAGCCCCACGUGGAAUCAUCGAUCUUUCUCAGGUGCCACACUUACCUGUCCUGGUCCCUCCCUCUGCGGGGGCCGCCGGAGGCCCAAUGGACCGCAUCACCUACAUCCCCGGGGGAGCAGCCUCCUUCCCUGGCAGGCCUUACACCACCUCCCCCAUCUCACCUGUUGGCUCCGUGCACAUGAACAAGAUGCAAGGCGCAUCUUCAGAGCGGGAGCGCGAGAGAGACCGUGAGCGUGACAGAGAGAGGGAGAGAGAGAGGGACCGGGAACGCGACCGAGAGAGAGAUCGGGAAAGAGAGCGGGAGAGAGACCGAGAGAGGGAACGGGACCGGGAGAGAGAAAGGGACAGAGACCGGGACCGAGAGAAGGGCGGGUCUAUGGGGAAUGUGGAGCAUGCGCCCAUCUGGAGACCAGGUACAGAGCACAGCUUGGCCAGCAGUAGCAGCUGCAGUGUGAGACCCUCCUCCCAACCGUACAGCCACCAGCACUCCCCCGUGUCCCCUCGCACCCAGGACAACGUGCAGCAGAGGCCGAGCGUCCUGCACAACACCGGGGGCAAGAGUCUUUCUGUCAGCGACCACUCCGGCUCUGUGUUUCGGUCCAUGUCCUCCGGGUCGGCCCGCUACCAAGGUUACCCUGGCCACCUCCAGAGGACAGGUGUCCCCCCUGAGGCCUACCAACCUGCCAUGGACUCGGGUGUAGCCAAAGAGCGCGAUGGAGGCAAAAACAGGGGUGGUCUACCCAAGCACAUGCAGGACCAGCACGGGCCCUCCAGUAAAUCUGACCCCAAACUGUCCAGCCCAGGAGGGAUGUACCCCGGGUCCUACAGCUCGCCUUCAGGCCGGCCCCAGCACCUGCUGCCUCACCAGUCGGAUAACCCCCCUGGCCGCGGAGAAAGUGGUACACCUAGUAGGGAAAAGACUCAAAACAAAGCGAUGUCCAUUCAGGAACAAGAGCUCCGAGCACUCGGUAAGACCACCAUGACUGCGGCCAACUUCAUAAACGCGGUUAUUAUGCGUCAAAUUUCUUGUGAAACGGGGAUGGCAGAGACGGGCUCCCUUGUUGCCAGCAGCGCCACUGAUGCUCAACAGAAUAUGGAGACACACGGUCUGUACCGUCCCCCGUCUGAGGAGAGGCUGUCUCCGGGCCAGCAGCCCUCCUCCCCCAGUGUUAAAGGCAGCCAGCGGGUGGUCACCCUGGCACAGCACAUCAGUGAGGUGAUAACUAAAGACUACACCAGGCAGAGCCAGCAGCAGAGCUACCACGGCUCUCCUGUCCUGGACCUCACCCGCCCCCCCAGUGCCUCCCAGCUCCCCCCCACCUCACAAGAGUUGGCCCAAGGGUCCCGAUAUCAAGAGUCCCACUGUGGAGAACGCAACAGAGACAGGUCUCCUCCUCAGCCCAAGACUUCCCCCAUCAGUGUUUGUAACGAUGGCAUCGAGCCGGUGUCUCCUGCUGGAGCCAGCUCUGAACCUGAAGUCCAGGGAGGGGCCUCGUACUGCAGCGAGCAGGGGGAGCAAGGAAUGGGCUCCCGCUCCCCUCCGAACACCUCACAGCCUCCGGCUUUCUUCAGCAAGUUGACCGAGAGCACCUCGGAUAUUGUGAGGUCAAAGAAACAGGAGAUGAUUAAGAAGAUGACGGUGGUGGGAAAUGACGGUGAUUUCAAUGCUGGUCAACCAGGAACAGAAAUCUUCAAUAUGCCAGCGUCAACAAAUGCAGGACCUGUGACUCCCCGCCCCCAUCCAGCUUCAGAGCAACCCGGUAACUCCAUAGGCCUGGAGGCCAUUAUAAGAAAGGCUUUAAUGGGCAAAUAUGAUGAUCAGCCUGAGGAACGAUCUCCCUCCAACCUGAUGGGCCCGGGGGGGGUGCCUGCAGCCGACGGACGUGGUGAAGACUUCUUCUCACAAGGUGGUGGAAAGUCCUCGAAGGGCAGCGGGCGCUCUAAUGGGCGCAAGGCUAAAUCUCCAGGACCGGGUCUGUCGGGGGGGGAGAGACCCUCCUCCGUGUCCUCAGUCCACUCUGAGGGAGACUGCAACCGAAGGACUCCUCUAACCAACCGCGUGUGGGAGGAUCGGCCUUCAUCCACAGGUUCGACUCCAACUCCCUUCCCCUGUAAUCCGUUGAUAAUGCGUUUCCCCAGCGGGACAGUGUCCGCCCCCUCCCCCUCCUCUGGUCAGCUGGGGGGCCCUGUGCCGGGGCCUGGACAGGGCCGCUCCUGGGAGGAGGAGCCCAAGCCUCUGCUCAUGUCUCAGUACGAGACCCUGUCUGACAGCGAGUGACCGGGAACCUAUCGAACCACAAGAACCUUCUAACAGUCAACCAACGCUCUGCUGCUGCAGACACACACACACACACACACCUCUGCAAACCUACCAACACCAUUCCACUCUGCAUUUCCUACUUCUCCAUCGGAUCAUGUCCUUCUCCUAACACACAACGAGAUGCAAAGCAGCGAUGAGCUGAGACACUGCUGCUCCGUGUGUUUGUGUGUGUGUGUGUGUGUGUGUGUGUGUGUGUGUCUGAGUGUGUGUGUGUGUGUGUGUGUGUGUGUGUGUGUGUGUGUGUGGGGGGGGGGUUUGCACUUAUGUGUUAUGCAUUCACUCCAGGACUACCCUAAAGGACAAAUCACUUUUUUUUUUUCUCUUUUUUUUUUUUUUACUUUACUACUUUUCCUCACUGGCCUUAUCAAUAUAGACACAUUAACCUGCACCUU